AUGAAUAAACACACUUGCGGUCCCGCAUGCACGCACAAACUUCACACUUACAUGAAACUCAGUGGUGUUUAGAAUGUGACGUCCGUCCGGGCUCCAACGCGAAGCCAACAAUCCGAUUGAGCCCUCGUCGAUCUUACAGUGCCAGUCAGGCUGUUCCAGCGACCACACCUGAGGAGACCGACAAGAGGGAGAGGGGCAGGGAGAAUCAACAUUUCUCAUUACUAAUGACAGUCCUCACACAAAUGUUGUAUCUUCCUUAAUUUCUAUUCAAGGAGAAGACCCACUUUCACAACUGAGACCAUGAAGGACUGGCGAUGGAUUCCCCUUCAUAGAGUGAUCUGUCCAUCGCCAGAAUAUCCUACCACCAAAAUGGCCCAAACUUCUGUGAAUGAAGAAGGAGGCACCUUUGAUCACCUAUGGAGCUCCCUGGAGCCAGACAGCACCUACUACGAGCUCCCCCCCGGCAGUCAAGGAGGUGAGCGCUCGGUCCCUUCUGCCAGCACUUCAAGGGAUCAGAGCAGCACAGCGGAGAUUUCAAUGGACGUCUAUCACAUGAGGGACAUGAACGAUAAUGUGCUGUCCCAGUACAACUUGCUCAGCAGCAGCAUGGAGAGCCUGGGAAGCAGGGCCAGGCCCGCCAGCCCCUACAGCUCCGAGAACGCCUCUUCGGCCGUGCCAACCCCUUCGCCUUACUCUCAGCCCAACUCCACGUUUGAGGGCCUGUCUCCUGCCCCGGCCAUCCCUUCCAACACCGACUAUCCGGGACCACAUACCUUCCAAGUGUCCUUCCAGCAGUCCAGCACCGCCAAGUCAGCCACGUGGACAUACUCUCCCCUGCUGAAGAAGCUCUACUGUCAGAUUGCCAAAACAUGCCCCAUCCAGAUCAAGCUGUCCUCGUCCCCGCCCCACGGCAGCAUAUUGAGAGCGAUGCCCGUCUUCAAGAAGGCGGAGCACGUCACGGAGGUGGUGAAGCGCUGCCCCAACCAUGAGCUCGGACGGGAUUUUAAUGACGGCCAAGUAGCCCCAGCCAGUCAUCUCAUCCGAGUGGAGGGGAACAACCUCAGCCAGUAUGUGGAUGAUCCAGUAACAGGCCGCCAGAGCGUCUUUAUCCCCUACGAGACGCCACAGGUGGGGACAGAGUUUACCACCAUCUUGUACAACUUCAUGUGCAACAGCAGCUGUGUUGGCGGCAUGAACAGGAGACCCAUCCUUAUCAUCAUUACUUUGGAAACAAGAGAUGGACAAGUGUUGGGUCGCAGGUCCUUUGAAGGGCGGAUAUGUGCGUGUCCUGGGCGAGAUCGUAAAGCAGAUGAGGACCACUUCAGGGAACAGCAAGCUCUGACUGAGAGUGUGGCAAAGAAUGGAACGGCCAACAAGCGCAAUUUCAAACAGAGCCCACCAAAUAUCUCGAGCCCAAAUGUUAAUAGGAAGAGGCGGCAUGGAGACGAAGAGAUUUACUAUAUUCCUGUACGUGGUCGAGAAAACUUUGAACUGCUGAUGAGGAUUAAAGACAGUUUAGAGCUGGUGGAGCUGGUCCCACAGCAAUUUGUGGACUCCUACAGGCAACAAACUCAACAGCAGCUGCUACAAAGACCGAGCCACAUCGCGUCUCCCUCCACUUACUCUCCCCUGUCAAAUAUGAACAAGCUCCACUCCCAUGGAGGCCUCAGUAAAUCACCCACAGCCAACCACCUGGCAGGGCAGCAACCCCAGCAACAACACACUCCCUCCACCUCCAUAGCACAUAUGGGCCACAACAUGCUCAACAGCCAUCACAUGCAGUCUAACAGUGACAUAAACGGUGGCCACAGCAGUCAGACAUUAUUGUCUUCUUCACACUGCAGUCCACCCCCUCCGUAUAACCCUGACCCCAACCUUGUCAGUUUCCUAACCAGUCUGGGCUGCCAAAACGUCAUUGAAUACUUCACCUCUCAGGGUCUUCAAACUAUCUACCAUCUUCAGACGCUCUCAGUGGAGGAAUUAGGCGCCCUUAAGAUACCAGAGCAGACUCGCUUAGCCAUCUGGAGAGGUCUCCAGGACAUGAAACAAGGCGCUUCCGUCCAGCUGCCGGCCUCCUCUCAUCAUCACGACUACCACAGCCAGCAGCUUCUACGCUCUAGCAACAUGACCGCCUCCGCCAUAGCCGCCAUCGGGGCCGCCAGUGGGGAAUUGCAACGUCAGCGCGUGAUGGAGGCCGUUCACUUUCGCGUCCGACACACAAUUACCAUACCCAACAGGCCGGGUGUCGUAGGGACGACCGGGAUGGCGGCAGCUACUGAUGAGUGGGCUGACUUUGGUUUCGACAUGCCUGAUUGCAAAGUGUCACGCAGCAAGCAGUCAAUAAAAGAGGAGUUCAUGGAAAGAGAUGUUCACUGAGACAUACUUAAAUUGUUUUGUCAACAGACAUUUUUAACAUCCUAGAUACUAGUCGGUCUGCUGAAUCUUUGAAUCUAUGAGUGUUGCCAUUCUUCAGUCAGUAAUUUAAAAGAAAGGCUAUAAAUGGGACACCACCAUAAUUCCAAUGCCUCUUUAUUCAAUCAAGACUCAAAUGGACAUUUUCAGAUACCACCAUUGUCAAGGCAAUACUUUAUAGAAAUUGCAUAUUAUUGUGCUUGGAUACGAACAGUUAGUUCUCAGCUGAUUUAUUUAUUAUCAUUCCAUGUUCCCUUGACCUUGCAAAAAAAUGAAGAAAAUAAGUAUUUGAACACCCUGCUAUUUUGCAAGUUCUCCCACUUAGAGGUUCUGAAAUUUUCACAGUAGGUGCAUGUCCACUGUAUGAGAGAUAACCUAAAAAGAAAAAUCCAGAAAUCACAAUAUAUGAUUUUUUUAACAAUUUAUUUGUGUGAUACAGCUGAAAAUAAGUAUUUGAACACCUGUCUAUCAGCUAGAAUUCUGACCCUCAAAGACCUGUUCAUCCGCCAUUAAAAGUCCUCCUCCACUCCACUGUAUUAUCCUGAAUCAGAUGCACCUUGUGUGAGGUCGUUAGCUGCAUAAAGACACCUGUCCACCCCAUACAAUCAGUAAGACCCAAACAUUCAGCAUGGCUAAGAGCAAAGAGCUGUCCAAAGACACCAGAGACAAAAGUGUACAACUCCACAAGGAUGGAAAGGGCUACGGAGAAAUUGCAAAGCAGCUUGGUGAAAGAAGGUCCACUAUUGGAGCAAUCAUUACAAAAUGGAAGAAGCUAAAUAUGACGGUCAAUCUCAAUUAGAGUGGAGCCCAAUGCAAGAUAUCACCUUGUGGGGUCUCAAUGACGCUAACAAAGGUGAGACAGGACUUGGUCAAUGACCUGAAAAGAGCUGGGACCACUGUUUCCAUGGUCACUGUUGGUAAUACACUAAGACGUCAUGGUUUGAAAUCAUGCAUGGCACGGAAGGUUCCCCUGCUUAAACCAGCACAUGUUAAGGCCCGUCUUAAGUUUGCCAAUGACCAUUUGGAUGAUCCAGAGGAGUCAUGGGAGAAAGUUUUUUGGACAGAUGAGACCAAAAUUUACCUUUUUGGUCAUAAUUCCACUAUGCGUGUUUGGAGGAAGAAGAAUGAUGCGUACCAUCCCCAAAACACCAUCCCUACUGUGAAGCAUGGGGGUGGUAGCAUCAUAAUUUGGGGGUGUUUUUCUGCUCGUGGGACAGGACGACUGUACUGUAUUAAGGAGAGGAUGACUGCAGCCAUGUAUUGUGAGAUUUUGGCCAAAAACCUCCUUCCCUCAGUCAGAUCAUUGAAGAUUAGUCGUGGCUGCAUCUUCCAACAUGACAAUGACCCAAAGCACACAGCCACGAAAACCAAGAAGUGGCUUCGCAAGAACCAUAUCAAGGUUCUGAAGUGGCCUAGCAACUGUCUUCAGACCUAAAUUUAAUUGAAAAUCUUUGGAGGGAGCUGAAAGUCUGUGUUACUCAGCAACAGCCCAGAAACCUGACUGAUCUAGAGAAGAUCUGUGUGGAAGAGUGGGCCAAAAUCCCUCCUGCAGUCUGUGCAAACCUGGUGAAGAAAUACAAGAAACUUUGAGCUCUGUUAUUGCAAACAAAGGCUACUCUACCAAAUAUUAAUGUUGGUGUUCAAAUACUUAUUUUCAGCUUAAUCACACAAACUAAUUGUUAGAAAAUCAUAGAUUGUGAUUUCUAGAUUUUUUCUUUUUAGGUUAUCGCUCAUACAAUGGACAUGCACCUACCAUGAAAAUUUCAGAGCCCUCCGUGAUUUCUAAGUGGGAGAACUUGCAAAAUAGCAGGGUGUUCAAAUACUUAUUUUCUUCACUGUAGUUCUCUUAUUAUCAUUCCAUGUUCCCUUGACCUUGCAAAACAUGUACAUAAUGUAUUUUUGAUGUGGUUAAAAAAAUUGUGAUUCAAGUUGAAAUUGGAACAGUAAUUGAAUGGAGUGUGCACAAUCAAAUGGAAACAGGGUAGCUUAGGAAAAUAUAUGUAAUGGCUAUGGUGAUGUGUUACAAUAUUACAUUGGCAUUGUUA